UUCAAACAAACUCUGAAUUGUAUUUAAAUUAAUGCAUAAGCACGAAAUUAUUAAGCUGGAACUGAAAUAAAAUUUGGUAAACAUUAAUUGUAAGCGAAGUCACUCAAAGCAUUCGAAAAUGUCUCUGCUGGCGAAACGCUGGGUGCAGCUGAUGCACAUCAAGAAGCAGAUUCAUCACAAGGACAAGGAGCUUCAGAAGUACAAAUUGCUGGCACGUAAGCGCUUGAAGGCGUUACGUCAAAUACGUAAGCAGAUGGCCGGAGCUGUCAAUCAACUCUUAGCCGACUAUUCGAAGAGGCGGAAAUUGUCAUCCAGGGCACAGGCGAAGGCACAGGUCGCCCGGCUGUUGUUCAUUUACCAAAGUUCGCUGAACAAGUGGAAAAAGAAGAACAAAUUUCAGCAGAAGAAAAUCAGAGAAUUGCGCGCUCAGGACGAUGGAGUAAAUGAGAGUUUGCGAAUUCUGCGCAAUCGAUUGAGAAUGCAUCCAAGACGCAAGUGGAUUAUUGCCAAUAGUCUGCGCAGACUUCGCAAGCAGAGCAAUAUGCGCCAUAUAAAUGGGGAUGCUGAUGUAGAGAUUGAUCCAGAACUUUUUAAGGGAUUGCUGUCGGAAUUGAGUUGCAUUGAAAGGUAUCUAAAGGAUCGUAAGCAAAAGCAAAUACGCCAAGACGAUGAUAAUUUAAGUAAUGUAUCUGCAUUUCUGACGUCAGAGCUCUUGCGGAAGCAUGUGAAGAAAAAGAAACGUCAUCAGCUGAAAAAGCAAAACAUAGUCGACGAUAUUCAGUUAACAGAUGAGCAAGAAAAUGCGUUAAAUUCAAAGAAAAUGCAAUCUAAAUUUGGUAAAGAAUUGGCAUACAAAACACUCCAGAAAAUUGAAUCGAGUGUAAAUAGUAUUAUCGGAAUGCAAAAAAAAAUAAAGGUCAACAAAGAUCAAAAGACGAAGGAAAUGAUGGACAUGUUAAUAAAAGCCAAUGAACAGAAUCUCAAAAUGGAGCAAGACAAUGCAAUCGAAAACGAAAGUGAAAUUCCGAAAGAUGUCAGUGAAUUCAAUAGAGGUAAAAAAGGAAAGCAACUGGAACCCAGAUAUAAAGAAGACGAUGUGAUAGAUAGAAGAUUUUUACCGAAGGUUAUAUAUAAGCGACCAAGCUAUCGGCGACACAAUCGAGUUCCCAUUCAGGAAGAGUUCCCAAAGUUAACCCCGGGUGUAGGGGAAAAUAUAAAAGCAAGAAAAACACUUUCUUCUGCAACCUUAAGAAAAUCGACAAAGAGGAAGUAUUCGAUAAAGGAGAGAAAACUAUCUGGGGAGCUUGAAAAUGAAAAUGAAACCGAGUCGAUCGCACUAAGUGCACAACAAUUGCGUCUUGAUGAAUUUAAGGACUUAUAUCAGGGUAUCGAAUAUGUGAAUGGAAAGCUGAAAACGAAGCGAAAUGAAGACAGUUCAAGCAACAAAUCAUCUCAAUCCCGUCAAAGUCAAAGGGAAAACAAAUCGCUAAUCGAAUAUAUCAAUAAACGAAAGAGCCGUCAACCUAACGAAGAUCAACAGGUGGCAGAGUUAACAGAAUCCGAGCUACAGCUGAGAAAACAGCAAACAUAUCUGCAACAAGUGCAGCAUAUAAAAGCGCUACAAAAACUGAAGCACCUGUCCAGCCAUCAACAACGCCAGCUGCGACAGCUACAGGAACAAGUCAAACAGCAACUGCCACAGAAUCAGUACAUACACCAUCUGCAGCAGCUACGAAAACUGCAGCAGAAAAUGCGCGAUGGGAAGCCCGGAGAGCAAUCCGAUGAGGAGCUCAAUGAAUUGCUGGAGGCAGAGGCACCACAGUUGCCCCCAAAGACAAGCAGUCAGCCAGUCGAUUUGGUGGCAGAGAAGAAGUUUGCAGAUCAAUUGGAGAAGGAGAAGAGUGCACUGAAAAUAAUAUUCGAGGGCCUCAAAGAGGAGGGUCAGCCGAAAGAUGUUGCCGUGUUGUUGCGCAACAAAUCAGUGUCCGAUAUGCACAAGUCCGAAUCAUACAAUGACGAGCUGACUCGUGGCGUUUCAUUCCACGUAUCGUCCAAGCGGCCAACUGUUGGCCACGAGCUAAUGGCCAAAAUGGCCCUGCAUAAUAAUGGAAAGAUAGUUGAAGUGCAAAAUAUUCUCAAGGACACAAUCACAGCGCCCAGUUUACUAGAUGCAAUGGUCGAUCGCAAUGCGAUCAUCCAUGCGGUGCGAAAUCAUGAUAUGUGGAAAACCCUAUACGAUCUGUAUGAGAAUUUGAAAAACGUUCAAAUACCCCAGCCGGUGAUUUAUCAAAUGAUGCGCUCUCAGUAUUUGAAAUUCAUUAGCGAAAUUGUCAACGAAGCGAUACAAAAUGGAGCAAAGACCAAAGGGAAGUCCAAGGCAUACAAAUUGGAUAUGCGCGAGAGGAGGGACAGCGAUUCGCAGGAUGAGCUGGAGCGCACGUCCUAUUCGCAGGCACCCAACGAACGGAAGAGCGCCAUGUCCUAUUCAUCGAUGGAAAACGAUCGAGUCUCGGCGGAAUCAAAUAUAUAUCGGGACCUGAAGCGCAUGGAUGAUCGCUAUUCGGUACUUGUUAUCCAGAGCAUCUUGAGCGCACACUCCAAGUACUUUGAGCACCUGGCAGCCAUGGAGCAAGCGUCGGAUGCCAUUCAGCAGGUGCAGCAGCAGAUGCAAGAGCCGAAGAAGGCCAGGGCCGUCCAGGCAGCAACCGCGAAGCCGGAGAAGAAGCGUCCAUCGUCGUGCAUCACGCGCUUGUUCUACGAGCCGCGUCGCACCUGCCGGCAGCGCCAGGCGGACGAGGAGUGCACGCCAUGCGAGUGCCCGUCGGAGGCCAAGCUGGAUGUGUGCAUUAAGUGCGGCGCCGAAUUGACGCCGCUGCCGGAGAGCGAGCCAUCAUCGAGUCGGGCUGAUCUCGGCUUGCCGGACGAUGUCCUGGCUGCCUGCAUGCACAAUCCUGAGGUGUUGCGGGCCACCGCAAAUAUUUGCGAGCGCUGCAGCUUUGUGCACAAGCCGAACGUGUUGUGCCCCAGCUUCAAGGCUGCGGGCGAUGGCGCCACCAGGCUGCAGCAGCAGCUGCAUCUUAUCAAGCACCAUGCCAGCAGCAAUCGCCAGCAUUUGGAAGGAUGCAGCUGCUGCUGCUGCUGCUGCCAGCCGGCUGCCCGACAUGGCCGAUGCAGCGCCUAAAGUGUUGCAACCGGUUACAGUUUAUGUGGCUGCAGCCCCAAACGGGCAGCUGGCUGGCUGGCUGGCUGCCACAGCUCGUGGCAAAUGAAACAUUUUGUUUAAGUGCAAAAUAAAUUCAAGUAAUGAGUUUGCAGCGUUUAUGCACUCGCAUUCUGUUUGCGCAGGCGAAACAUGUACCAGACAUUUUCAUAAACGUUCCUAACCAAAUGCAAAA